UGGGCAGGCACUACAAAAGUGUGGGAUGGGAGGCUAGAAUUGGAGGCAUCUCGAACAACAAGUACAAUUACCUUGAGAUAUAUGCCAAUGAAGAGGAGGCAACUCGUGCCUAUGACUUUGCUGCCAUUGAGCACAGUGGCUCGGAUGUAAUAACCAACUUUCCAAUCAGUCACUACCUUCAACAAGCACCACAAAUAUUAGAAGUCCAACAAUUUUCUCAGCUGGAGGUAUCCCAGGAGGUUAAUUCGAUGCCCCAUUUCUUAUCGUCAAUAGAACCACAACCAGAGGGCCACUUGCAGGUAUCCUUUGAAGAUCCUACUAACUUGUUUCCUUCCCUUCCUUUUGGUGAUCCAAUGGUGGAACCUGAAGCCACCACCAUGGCUGCAGUCCUCUGUGGUGCAUCAGAUAGUCCUCAAAGUUUCACUGAUCGUAUCUUCGAACCGUACAUGGUUGAUAACAAUACAGCUGAUUUGUUUGAUGACUCGUAUCUCAAUGGACCCUUUGAGGAGAACUUUGAAAAUCUCUUCAUGGAGCUUGAACAUAUCGAAGGAAACCUAGGAGGAGAAGGUGAUCCUAAUGGUGGAAGCAAGCACAAUGUUGAUGGCAAUAUGGAGAGAUCAAAUGAGGCUGCCAAGGACCAAGGAGGUGGUGGGACAUAUUAAGGAUGCCAUGGAGUGUCCUAAGGUAGUGGAGAAGUUGCCUGCUCCUUCUCCCAACACUUCAUUGACUCUUAGUGGAAAUGUUAUUAU